UGUCAAGCUCGCAUGAUCAGAACUAGAUCACAGCCCCCAACCUUAGUUUCACUACAGUCUCCGACCUCACUCUUCUUCACAACCUCUCCUGAACCCAUCGACAUUCCAUUGUGUGCUGCUUCAAGUGAAGUAAUACUGUAGCCAUCCUCUACUCACAUCAGCAACAUUGGUUUCGUUGGUUAGUCACGGGCACUGCCGGGCUAACCAAGGCGGUUGAUCAGCAACCUACCCACACCGACAACUCAACUCAGAGAGUGAAGACAGUGAACCUCCUCUCAUCAAAGUCUUGGAUCCAACACCACAUUUUCGGACCCAAAGAGUCAAUUGUUCUUUAUCUCUGCCUUCUUCACGUGCAAAACUCUCCCCCACUUCCGUCCGUCCGUCGAUUUCGUUGUUGAGGUUUGGAUAGGAUAUCCGAGACAUUUCCAGCGAUAAAUCAAAGUAACACCUCCGCCAAAUGGCUUCACCACCUUUUUACGAGGAUCUUAGCCCCUCAGGCACGCAAGACCGAUGUGACAGAGAAAACUCUUCACACAAACGUCGACGGCUCACUUCUGACACUUCUCCUCCCGGGCUGGCUAUGACGGACCCAUACCAAGCGACAAGCUCAAUCAGCCACCCCGAAGCCUACUAUCAACCUGGAUUCUUCCCACCUGUAGUUGACGGCUUCCCAAAUAUGUCCGGAGAUGAAUACUGGCAGGAACAACUAGAAUUCGCGUAUCUCGUCGCAAAUUCAGGACCGCCCUUCGCCCAGUAUGCCAGAAGCGCGCAGCCUCCGACGAUGCCGACUAGCUCUCCUGGCAGUGAGCCUACACCUGCGCCGCAUGCCUCGUUGGGUUACCAGGCUCUGCCCAUGCCUCCGGGAAGAUCAGUUGAUAUGUUUUCGCUAGCCAUGCAUCUUCCAGACAAUACGUUUCGAGAUCAACCUCACCUUGCGGGCGGCCCUGCGAGAUCAACUUUCCGAUGCGUCGGCCACAACGAGAUGAGAGCCCCUGUUGCAACCGAGAACCAGCCGACCCAGCUUCCUCCAAAUGCAAGCGUCCCAAGCCAGAUGAAUCCGAUACCACCUAGGCGAUCAGCGUCGACAUCGGUGUCGACCCCGUCGGCAAACAACAAAAAUAUGAUCAAAUUGGUCCUUAGUCGCGCAACGAGUGAGAGCAUCGAAGAACUCGAUGAGCUCAAGAAAGAAUGCCCAGCAUGCCAGCUCGAUUUCGAACCAGACAAUUUCAUGGCCACGAUAAGCUGCUGCGCGACAGUGAUGCAUGCCACCUGUCUCUCGGCUUGGGUCAAUUCUCAGACCUAUCAGAAAAAUCGAGCGUGUAUGAAGUGUCGAAAAUCGAUUGACGCUAGACGCCCGCUGAAUACUGUGGUGCCACCAGUGACCGACCAAAACUGGGACGAAGGCGCUGACUUGAAUGCUCCAGAAAGCCUGAAAGGAGACACAAAAAUUGAAUUGAAUGUCACUGGCCGACCUGUACGCUCAGCCCACCGACACAUCCGAGGAGCCAUAGGUUAUCUUCCACAGUACCGAGGAGCCAUGCGAGGCGCACCAUUCGCUUCCGUAGAUCCGACCAUGGCCGAGGAAACCCGCGCUGCAAUCGACCGAGCCAGAAACGAGCAUUUCAUCGAAAUGGAAUCGAUGAAGAACACCAUCAGGGCCUCUCACGAAGUAAGGCGAAGAGCUGCCGACGAUGAACGCACCGCCGCACGCGCUCUUCUUGAAGCACAAACCGCCAAUCAACGUGGGGGCGUCACCAUGGACAUUGUUCCUUUGGCUCAGAAAUGGGAAGAGACCAAGGCUCUCAAGAAGGCCGCUGAGGAGCGAUACUGUAACCUACAACGAGACAUGGAGUUUCUGCAAAGAAGUCAAUAUAACCGAUUGACCGCCCUUGCUGAAGCUGCAUGGGCUGAAAGUGCUCGACCUGGGGGAAGAGACCGAGAACGAGAACGAGUACAGAGAGAAGAAGAGGGGGCGUCUCAAAGCGUGGCUUCGUCCGCGUCCGCAUCAGCAGAAAGCAAAGGAGGGGCUUCUGCGGCAUCUACUUCUCCAUGAAGCACUUAUGCAAGUGAGAUCUGACCCAAGUCGUUUCCACCACGUAAGUUUGGAGAUGUAUCCUGAGAAUACAGACCCUUCCGCGUUUGUCAGUUGAAGGGCAAAAUGACCUGACAUUCAGGAUACAUCUCCAAAGGCGAGGUAAGGAAGCAAGAAUAUCUUACAGGGUGUAUCCAGAUUUGACGACAGUAUGACAAUAUGAGAGACGGGGAAAGAGAGAGAGAACAUUUUUACCCGGCAACUCUCAAACACACGACCACACGAACACGAUAAAACCGAUGAACCGACGACACGAUACUACGACGACUUCUUUUUUUCUUUCCCCCUUCUUCUUUUCCUUCUUUUCGUCGCCGGAAGCAACGGAGACGACGGCCUGCAUGGAAAGUCACUUGGACCGCACAUGUACAUCCCCCCUUCUUUCUUUCUGAGGCAUUGCAGUACAGGGAACGACGCAAUUGGAGUUGGGAGUUGGGAGUUGGGAGUUGGGAGUUGGGAGUUGGGAGUUGGGAGUUGGGAGUUGGGAGUUGGGAAGUUGGGCACAGUUGAAUGGACUAGAAUGGAGCGGAACGGAUGGACCUUACCUACCUACUGGUAAAGGAGAACUUGCAUACCUACCUUAAUCAACCCCCAGAAUCACAAGGCUUGCUCUAUUUGUUUUCUAUGACUGAGCAUCAACAAAACUUGCAAAAACCCUUGACUUGGGUCAAAAGUCAAGUCAACACAGGUCAAGUUCAAAGUUCAAGGGGUUAACUUUCCUGCAUAUCAUAAUGUACGUACGAAAUGAAAUGAAAUUGAUUUCUC